UUGCAAAACUCCCGCCAGAGGCAAUAGAAACAGAAAAUAGCACAAGACCCAAAAAGACAGGUGUAUAAUAUACAUAAUCCUGAUCCUGCACCUGAUCCUUGACCGAAGAAAGUUAUUCCGCCCGCGAACGUUAAGUGAAGUUAAACAAAUGUGAGCAGUGCCGUCGCCACCAACGCAGCAGCAGGAGCAGCCCAAGAAUCCAACGCAGUUGCACCCCCGCAAACAAAAAGUUCUGGGCCAUGGGCACCAAGGAGUCCAAACACUCCAAUAGCAUAAGCUACGAGGAUUCGGUAAAGCGCGUAAGUGAUGUCGAACUGCGGCGCCUGAGAGAUGCCUUCAAAAAAUCGGCGGGCGUGGGACGGAACUUCCUUAGCCGGAACGCCUUCCAGCAGGACGUGCUCUGCGAGGGAGUGCCGCCGAAGAUCACGGACAUGCUAUAUGCCGCCUGUGGUGGCACUCAGCGCGGCAUCUCCUUCAAUGACCUCCUCUGCGGGCUGGUCCUGAUCACUAGGGGUACCCAGGGGGAGAAGACCAAAUUCUUGUGGAACCUCUACUGCAACGACGCCGGCACCUUUAUUAUCAAGUCAGACUAUGUGCGCAACGUCAAUCUGGCUCCCUUCGAGAGUGUCUCCCUGUUUGCUCAGAGCGAACGCGUCAAUUUCGAGCAGUUCCAGGACUGGAUAAUAAAGCAUCGCAAUGCCACUGUUCUCUCAAAAUGGCUGCUGGCCGACAAUUGUGUCAGUCUUACCUCGGAGCUGGAGACUCCAACGUUUUACCAGAGCCUCGCUGGAGUUACUCAUUUGGAGGAGAAGGACAUUGGAGAUCUAGAAAAAGAGUUUUGGCGCUUGAAGAAUACUUCCCAAAAUGGCCAAAUCGACCUGCAGUUUCUGGGCCCACUUAUCAGCCCACCCAUACCAAAGAACGCGUUGGCGGGACUAUUUAACGCCUUCGACGAGAACCGUGACGGACACAUCGACUUCAAGGAGCUGUGUUGCGGAGUGAGUGCCGCCUGCCGGGGACCGGGAGUGGAGAGAACGCGCUUUUGCUUUAAGAUCUUCGAUGUGGAUCGGGAUGGAGUUCUUAGCCACGAGGAGACGCUCCAAAUGAUCAAUGUUCUGCUGUUGGUGGCCAAACAGAAUCACGAAGCUCAGCAGUACAAGGAGCUGACCAAGCAGCUAGUGAUCAGUGAUCUGUUGGAGUUUGGCCAGCGUAGAAGUCCGGAUGGCACGCCAAGCAAACUAACCCGCGACAAUGUCUCACUGACCGCCGAGGACUUUAUGCUAUGGACCGUGCAGUGCGACUUGAGACUUAUGCAGCCCCUGCUGGACCUGAUCUUCGAGCUCUGUCACAUCGUCUUUGGCCUGUGGCCGCAGUGCAAGCACAUGGAGAACGAUAUAGUCCGGGGAUGGCUGCGGCGCGAGGAACGCAGGCCGUACAGCGUAGGUCAGUUCUGGUACCUGAUCACCCGCGACUGGUGGCUCGGUUGGAUGCAAUACACCCAGCACACGGCCCAUACCUGCGACUAUUGCAAACGCACCGUCCACCAGCGAACAGCUGUCGAUGAGGCGCUAGUAUGCGAUGAGAGCUUUAAUACCCACAGCCUGGAGCAGCACGACAGCUACUCCCUGGGCUCUGGCACUGGUUCGGCAUCAGGAUCCGGGUCGGCGAGCAGUGGGAUCUCCGCCGGUCGCCACUGCGGACCGGUGCGACCGGGACCCAUCGACAACAGCAAUCUGAUCACGGCCAACCCGUUCCGCAAUGUGCGCACCCUCACCGGCGAGGGCGGCCACCUCAAGCGGGACACGCCCCUCGUGCACGGCCACGACUUUGAACUCGUUCCCAAGUCCCUGUGGAAGGCCCUAAAUCGGUGGUAUGGCGACAACCUGCCACUGCCGCGACAGGUCAUCCAACCACCCAACUCUGAAGUGGAACUGGAGCUGUAUCCGCUGAACCUGCGGAUCCUGCUCCAUCAGGCACAACCAUCCCAGACCGGCGUUGGUGGAGGCACUCAACUCGGCAGCUGGGGCUCCACGGUGAGCGGUGGCUACGGGGUCCUGGCCUCCGGAGGCGGAUAUGCGGCCAUCGCGGCCAGCAGCGUGCUUCAACCGCCCAAGCGAUACUUGGCCUACACAGCUGCCUUCAGCCGACUGGCCACAGUGCGCCAGGUGGGCGAGUUCCUCUGCGAGCAGCUGCGUCUCAAGUCGGAGGACAUCCGGCUGUGGCACGUUCCGCAGCUGGACAACGGUGCCAUAUUGCUAGAGGAGGACGCCAUGUGUCUGAAAGAGCUGCUCAUUCGGGACAACGACCAGCUGCUGCUGGAGAUCCGCAACAAGGAUCUGACCUGGCCGGAGGAACUUGGAUCCUUGGCCACCGCUCAGAGUGGCCAGGGUACGGGUGCGCCGGGUGAUCGCCGUCGCCUUACCCGCAGUUCAAUUAUGUCGGUACAUGCGCCCGGAGCCACUGGGCUGCACAACCUGGGGAACACCUGCUUUAUGAACGCCGCCCUCCAGGUGCUGUUCAACACCCAACCGCUGGCCCAGUAUUUCCAGCGUGAGAUGCACCGCUUUGAGGUGAAUGCGGCCAACAAACUGGGCACACGGGGCCAGCUGGCCAUGCGUUACGCAGAAUUGCUCAAGGAGGUUUGGACCGCCACAACGCGCUCAGUGGCGCCUCUUAAACUACGCUUUUGCGUCAACAAGCACGCGCCGCAGUUCGCCGGUGGAGGUCAGCACGAUUCCCAGGAGUUGCUCGAGUGGCUGCUGGACGCACUGCAUGAGGAUCUGAACCGCGUGAUGGAGAAGCCGUAUAGUGAGCUGAAGGACUCCAAUGGACGCCCCGACAAGAUCGUGGCCGCCGAGGCCUGGUCUCAGCAUCACGCUCGCAAUCAGUCCAUCAUCAUCGAUCUAUUCUACGGCCAGUUGAAGUCCAAGGUCAGCUGUCUGGGCUGUGGACACGAGUCGGUCCGCUUCGAUCCCUUCAGUCUGCUCAGCCUGCCGCUCCCGGUGGAGAACUAUGUCUAUUUGGAGGUCUUGGUAAUCCUACUGGAUGGAAGCGUACCCAUUAAAUAUGGUUUUCGGCUCAACUCGGAAUGCAAGUACUCGCAUCUGAAGUACAAGUUGGCCACUCUGUGCUCCCUGCAACCAAAUCUGAUGCUCGUCUGCGAGCUGUGGAACUCACAAAUACGACAGGUGCUGGCCGACGAGGAUAAGUUGCGCACGCAGAGUGCCAAAGAGCUGUAUGUCUUCCAACUGCCCGAGCAGAGUGUGCGGACGCGUUCCAACUCAGUCCUCAGCAUGCAUAUCGAGCAGGGUCUCAAGGACAUUCAGCGCAGUUCCGCUCUUAUCACCGCACAGGACUCGCUGUCUUCGCUGAGCACUCUGCAGACAUCUAGCCACCGCGCCUCGUCCCGAGUCCUUUGCAACGGCCAUGUCCCUGGACUCGAGGUCGAAGUGGAGGCGGAGGUGGAGGUGGAGCCGGCAGAGGUUUCUCGCUACAACAGCAGCGGCAAUAAUUACAAUUCCAUCACUAGCCAUUUCAGCGGAAACGGAAGCGGGGAUAACCAAGUGCACGAACUGCUGCCAGAUGAGGCCGGAAAGGUAAGCCGGUGCUUUGGAAAGAGAGAGUGCAUGCCCCACAGCCUAUUUUGCUUCAAGGAGUCGCUCAUCCUGAGCUCCAGCCCGGAGAACACUUUCAUGCACGGCGCGGCCGCCCAGCAGAAGCGUGUGUCCUCCGCCAAGUUGCUCCACACGGAGAGCAACACCAGUUCCAUGUCGUAUACGAAUCACUCGGGCGAGAACUCCAUGGAGAGCUCGCUGACGGAACCCAUUCCGAUGGCGGAUCUGGCGCCGGUGAGUAGUCGCCAUGGAAGCGGCAGCGAUGACAGCUCCUUCCGGACGUCCCCGAACGAAUCCAGUGGCCUGAGCACUGGGCACACUUUGGGCGCCAGCUUGGAUGUGGACGAACAGGCGGAGGAGGGCAACGAGGAGGAGCACGACCAGCCCGACCAGAUCACCACCUCGCAGCCGGAAACCAGUAGUGGCGUAUACUCGCGUCGCUCCUCACAGCCGACGCACAAGGCGGGCAAGUAUCUGGUGGCCGUGCACCGGAAGAUAACGCGGCACGACAGCUACUUCCUCUCCUACCACAAGACGCGGCCCAGCCUGUUUGGGGUCCCCCUGCUCAUCCCCAACAGCGAGGGCGGCACCCACAAAGAUCUGUACUGCGCCGUGUGGCUCCAGGUGAGCAGGUUGCUCAGCCCUCUGCCCGCCACCACGGAGCAGGCGAAUCAUGCCGCCGAUUGUGAUGACAGCCUCGGCUACGACUUUCCCUUCACGUUGCGUGCUGUUAAGGCAGACGGACUAACCUGCGCCAUCUGCCCCUGGUCAAGCUUCUGUCGAGGCUGCGAGAUCCGCUGCAACAACGACUAUGUACUCCAGGGAGCCCUGCCGCCCAUCAAUGCCGUGGCCAGUAAUACAUCAACGCCAAAAAUGAACACUAAAUUCCCAUCGCUACCAAAUCUGGAGGCUAAACGGACGCCAGAGUACACCGCCUCGUUGUCAUACGCACCGACAACGAAAUAUUUUGAAGACUUUACCAUUGCCAUCGACUGGGAUCCGACCGCCUUGCAUUUGCGCUACCAAAGCACCUUGGAGCGUCUAUGGGUGGAUCAUGAGACCAUUGCCAUAAGUCGGCGGGAGCAAGUAGAGCCCGUGGACCUCAAUCAUUGCCUGCGCGCCUUCACCUCCGAGGAAAAACUGGAGCAGUGGUAUCACUGCAGUCAUUGCAAGGGCAAGAAACCCGCCACCAAGAAAUUGCAGAUCUGGAAACUGCCUCCGAUAUUGAUUGUGCACUUGAAGCGGUUUAACUGCGUAAACGGCAAGUGGGUCAAGUCACAGAAAGUGGUUCACUUCCCCUUCGAUGACUUUGAUCCCACACCGUACCUGGCCUCAGUGCCCCAGGAGACGAUACUGCGGCACAAGGAGCUGCUGGAGCUGAAGAAGGAUUCCGAUUUGCCGAUGGCAAGCAAUGAAGUGGUUAGCGAAAUAGACGAGGACGACAAGGACAAGGAGGACCUUUCAACACAGGCUGGGACAACUCCGGCCACCGGUUCUACAGCGUCCACCGCGAAUAUCCUCCGCCAGAGCAAGAACAUCAAUGCUGCCCGGCGACAACGUCUCAUCUCGACGAGUCUCACCAAAACGCCCAUUGUGGACGGCGAGUUCGAGGACUAUCACCAGCACCGACUCAAGCCAGAGGUGGAUGAGUUCGAUCCCAGAUACCGACUCUAUGCUGUGGUCUCACACUCGGGCAUGCUGAAUGGAGGCCAUUACAUUUCCUAUGCAUCGAAUGCAACUGGUUCCUGGUACUGCUACAACGACAGCUCCUGCCGCGAGAUAUCACAGAAGCCGGUCAUCGACCCGAGUGCCGCAUAUCUGUUGUUCUACGAGCGCAAGGGCCUAGACUACGAGCCGUAUCUUCCGAACAUCGAGGGACGGGCGCUGCCCAACGCCUCCAGCGUACCACUUGAGGUGGACGAGACCGAGGGAGAGCUGAAGAAGCUGUGCUCAAUUUCCUAACUGAUGUCCACUUCCUGGUACCGUGGGCAUCAUGGCUAUGAAGAUUAUAUAAUCCAUUCUUACCCUUUCUGUUCUAGAGACUCUGUGUUUUGUUUCACACCGCGUAUGUUUUGUUAUUUACUAUUCUAAGCUGAUUCUGAUUUUCUGCAAUAGUUGCAUAGCCCAUAAUUAGUUUUAAGCCUACUUCUAUUUUUCUUUGCCGAAAAUUGUUUUUGCAUGUAAUAUACAAAAUUCAAGUUUAGCUUGUAAAUAAUACGUUAAAUUGGUUUGUUACGCCGAACAAAUCUAUUCUCAAUUUUUUCUUGUUGCUUUGUUUGUUUUGUUGUAUAUAAUUUUUAAAUUUGUAUUUGUAUUAGGCCAGCAGUGCCAGCUUGUAAUUAUUUAUGCCAGACCAUGUCGGGAUAUUCCAUUUAAUUUGUAAUUAUUGCUGUAAAUAACAAGCGGAAGUGAAACCCGAAAGUCGAAAAGUUUUAGGCAGUUUGAUAUUAAUUAUGAUCAGCAAUAUUAAGAUGUUACGAAUUUCAUCCCAAGAACUCGCGGACUAUUGUUGGUCUACUCAUCCCGUAUUUACGUGUAUUGAUUGGCUUUGUGUGACGUGCCGAACAGAUUCGGUUCGAAAUUAGUAUUGCGCUUAUUAGAUAUGACUUAAAUAUGUCUAUUGAUUGUGUAUUUGAUAUUUACAAAUUAUAUAUAUACACCCACAGAUAUAUAUACAUACAAAACUUAACUAAUUUAUAUUAAUAUACAUGAACAUGAUGAUAUAUUCGAAACGAAAAGCUAUGAAUAAAACAACUUUUAUCGCUUAAACCA